UACCCCUUUUUGAAAGAAUUCCCGUUAUACAAAUUCUAUGUACAAUUAGACCAUGUCCGUGAUGAUGGUCCAGAGUACGAAGAAUGUUCCGAUUUGUUGGGAAGUAAUUACCAAAGAGAAUCAAAUCUUUCUAAGAUUUGCAAAAAAGUUAGCAAUGCAACAAAAACAUUUUACGAAAUAGGGGAGGUAAUUGGCUCCAGUCCUUCCAACUGUUGUGAUUACUUUAACUUUUGGUUAAAUGAUCAUAUAACAAAAAAUAUUCCCAAAUCUGUGGAAAAUCGUCUGGUUGACAAUACCUUUGAUAAAAUUUUCAGAAAAAUUGAUGGUCCUAAAUGUGUGUACAUUAAUUUGUCAAGGUGUAAUAGAGACGCUUUUCAAAAAUUAAAACAGCUAUAUGAUUAUAGUGUAAGUUUUGAUAGCAUUUUUGAUCAAAUUAGUAGGGGUAAUCUGAGCGGUAGAGAUUCUUACUGCAGUUACAUUAUCGAAAGUGUAAAUUUAUAUGACAAUAUUACGAAGGAAUCGUUGCGCGUGGCUACUAGUAAGUACUCUGGUAAAUUGAAUCGUUUUAAAAAUAAGUAUAACAAAAUAAAAUCUUCUGCAUUAUCGUGCGAACAGGAAUUGCCAGACUUAAACUUCAUCAUGGGGCUUAAGUCAUCAGGGAAGAAAGUUCAACAGAAAAUUACCAAAGCAGAAGGUCACUUUAAGGGGGUACCUAACCCGGUACCAAAGAAAGUACCAUUGAAAAAAGUACCCUCAAUGGGCGCAUUGCCAAAGGAAGUAGCAUUCGACCAAAUGACACAUCAUGGUGUGUCACCCGUAUCUACAAUUAUUGACCAUGAAAACUUUGAAUCUUCCGUAACCCUUCCCAAUGUUGCAGUAGAAUUUUGCAAAGUGUUGGGAUUAUCUCUCUUGUUGCUCACUUUAUAUAAGGUUAAUAAAUUUUUCAUGUGA